UCAGAAGAAAAAGAGGCGGAGCCACAAAACAAAUAUUUACUGCGCGUGGUCGUGGCUCCUGGUGGAUGAUCUUCAGCCCCUGACACAGUGUGCAGAAUAUUUGAAAGAAAAUCUAAAUUCACUUAUUUCAGCAGCACUGAGUUUAUUCUUUGGCAGAACCGGAAGCCCUUUUCCGCUUCAGAAACAACACAAGCUGGAACUGAAGUAACCGAGGUGUUCAAUACGCAACACUAAACUCUGACUCCCCAUCUUUGUCUGACGCUUUGACUCCGCCUCCUCCAACAUGUCUUCUGAGGCCACGCCAGUCCAGGACUCUGGAUCCAUUACCUCUCCUCCUGCCUCUGCAGGAUCCCCAACUUCUCCAGAGGCCCUGCAGCUUCCAGCCAAGUUCAGAGAGCGCUCGCCCUCCCCCAUGAGAGGCUUCCUCAUCCCCAGCCCCCUGCCCACUCGCAGGAACAGGACCUACUCAGCGGCGGCCCGUGCUGCAGAGGGUCCGGUGUUCACCGGAGUGUGUAAAUGUUUCUGUCGCUCCAAAGGCCACGGCUUCAUCACGCCGUCAGACGGAGGGAACGACAUCUUUGUUCACAUCUCAGACAUCGAGGGGGAGUACGUGCCGGUGGAGGGCGACGAAGUGAGCUACAAGGUCUGUUCCAUCCCUCCCAAACUGGAGAAGGUCCAGGCGGUGGAGGUGACCAUCACCCACCUGAAACCAGGAACCAAACACGAGACCUGGGGAGGAAGCAUCAUCAGCAAAUGAGCAAAUGUUCAUCAUUAGGGAGGGGGGUGGACGGGUGGGGGUCAGGGAUGCUAAGGGAAGUAUUUUGGGAAUAAAUGGGGCUGGAUAAAGUGGCAGACUGGGGGUGAUGGGAGUGUAUGUGGGGGACAGGAGCACCCUGGGAUCAGUCACUGUGAAACUUGUGGGAGACGUCGAAGCUGAAAUCACAACAACCUCAGCUGACAUGACGGGACCGCUGCCUCGGCCGUCACACACACUGGGUAGGAGUAAUCUGGAUUAAAACACACCUGGUUUCAGAGGCGUUCACAUCAGUUUUCUGCACAGGAUUUUAGAUCUGGGUUGAAUUUAUUGGGAUCUGGACUGCAGCUCUAAAUAUCCCCAGAACCCCUCCCUGCAGAUUUCCUGUGUGUGUGAACGAGACGGUGUUUGUUGCCAGAUUACUGGUCCAGAAACAGCAGAUUAUUUCCAGGUAAAUCUGUUGGUGCCUCUUGUUCCCCAGAGAACCUGCAGCUCUGUGUGCCUACAUGUACGAGCCUGUGAUCUGUGCAAGUGAAGUAAAGCGUUUUCAAACCGC